ACACUAAACUUACUACAAUAACUGUUACACCGGUUCCACGAAACAUCCAAAACCUACUCGAUCGGUUCCCAGAAGUUCUGGCCGAGCCACGUGGAGUCCCCACACAAUCGGUUCGACACACCAUCGAGUUGGUCGAGGGUGUUGUUCCUCCAAAGGGCUGCGUAUACCGAAUGGGACCCGGCGAGUUGGAGGAACUCCGACGACAGAUUGACGACAUGAUUGACAAAGGGUGGAUCAAGCCUAGUGAGUCUGAAUUUGGUGCUCCUGUUUUGUUUGUUCCGAAGAAAGGAGGCAAACUUCGCAUGUGUAUUGACUAUCGUGGUCUAAACUGCAUCACAAGAAAGAACGCCUAUCCAUUGCCCCGCAUAGAUGACUUGCUUGAUGCCGCAGGUGGGUGCAAGGUCUUCUCCAAAAUCGAUCUCAAGUCUGGCUACCACCAGAUUGAAGUCGAUACUGCGGACCAGCACAAGACAGUGUUCAAAACACGCAAUGGGCUUUACGAGUUUACUGUAAUGCCCUUCGGUCUCACGAACACACCGACCACCUUCCAAAGCCUCAUGGACAAGGUCCUCCGCGGACAAAUUGGCCGGUUCGUGGUGGUAUACCUCGAUGAUAUACUAAUCUUCAGUAAAUCCAUUGAGGAACACCUCAAGCACCUCGAGAAAGUGCUCAGUAUCCUCAAGAAGACGCAACUUCAUCUCAACCUAGAAAAAAUUGAGUUUAGGAAGGAUAGCGUCAUAUAUCUUGGGCAUCAGUUGUCUGCUGCAGACCUAGAGCCUGAGGCAACCAAGGUUGAAGUUAUACGCAAUUGGCCUCAGCCCGCGAACAUCCGCGAACUGCGCGCUUUCUUUGGUCUCGCGUCAUACUAUCGGAAGUUUGAGCCCCGCUUCUCUAUUGUUGCUCGUCCAUUGUCCCUGUUGACAAGCAAAAAUGUUCCCUAUUCUUGGGACACCGCGUGCACGAACGCCUUUGAAGCUUUGAAAGAAGCCUUGGUAAGUUAUCCAGUACUUCGCAUUGCAGAUCCCAAACUGACAUUCGUCGUUACUACGGAUGCAAGUCAGUAUGGAAUCUGCGCAGUGCUGCAGCAAGAUGACGGCGAUGGCUUGCGGCCGCUCGAAUUCUACAGCAAACGCAUGCCCAACGUAAAGGUAGCCAAUUCCACCUACACGCACGAGCUCUAUGCUCUGCGUAGAGCUUUGGAUCAUUGGAAGCACUAUCUUUUGGGACGCCACUUCAAAGUGUUCUCAGAUCAUGAGACUCUGAAGUGGAUCAAGGAGCAAAGUACCCUGUCCCCUACGUUAAUUCCCUUGUUCCAUGAAAUUGACAUCUUUGACUUUGAGUUGAGACACAAAAAGGGCUGUUAUAAUCGAGUCGUUGACGCAUUGUCUUGCCACCCUGAGUACAUGACUUGCCUUGUGAAAUCCUACGACCUCCGGAAGAAACUGAAGGAGGAGCUCGUAGAGCAUAUAGCCAAGGAUCUGGAAUUUAGCCUCAUCCUUGAGCAGCUGCGGGCUGAUCCUCGUAGUCAGCCUGAUUUUCACGAAUAUGGAGGACUGAUUUUCAGUCGCUAUGGGAACCACGACCGCUUGUGUGUGCCCAACCAUGAGCCUCUCCGCACACAUUUUUUGGAUUUGGCCCAUGGUCGGAGCGGACACUUCGGCAUGGCAAAGACGUACGCAAAUCUGUUGAGACAGUUUGAUUGGCCUGGCAUGAAAGGGACUGCUGAAAAGUUUGUGGCUGAAUGUCAAGUUUGUCAACGAAUCAAACCAUGCAGACAAAAGCCCAUGGAGCUACUCACACCCCUUCCCAUUCCCGAAGGUCCCAGGGAGUCCGUCUCCAUCGUUUUCACCGACUUGGGAAAGGUGGCUCUCCUUCGGAUCCCGGAAGCCAAUGCUGACCGGUUCGAGGAGGAACUAGUUGUUGCCGUAGCAGCCUUGGUUCGACUGCGGACCUUGGAAAAUCUUGAGUCCCGUGUGACAGCACUAGAGCAGCGAAGCCAAGAGCUGCAGGCUGAGAUAACCAGCCUCAAACAGUCUCAACUGUCUGUCCCCCGCCCUCCUAACCCUCGAUCUGCGGUAGUCCCAGUCUCUCAAUCUAACACCGUCCUCACGACAAGGGCAAGUGGAACUGUGGCAAGCGCAGGAACCGGUGCCAGCUCCUCGAGCGGCAGCGCCGACAGUUCUGGGCUGGUCAUAGUCCCAACUGCAGGGACGUCAGCCCAAAACGCCACAGUCCUUACUGACGUUCAGUACAGCGGUCCCAUGUUGGACAAGCGGGCGGCCACGCUGCCAUCCAAGUACGACGGAAAGGCGGACAUUACCUCUUGGAUUAGUUCCAUGCGGUCAUACUUCGAGGUCAUGCGGACACCGCAAGAGGACCGAAGUAUGAUCAUGGGGACGAAUACCGAGCCCGCCGUACGGAACCACAUCGAGCUCCAAGCUGUUGCUGCAGGUUAUGAAAGGAUUGACCUGACAGAGUGGCUGAAGGUAACCCCUGUACGCACCCUUGAGGACCUUCUCCUCGCAUGGUACCAAGACAAGCAUGCUGCGCUCAAGGCUAGGCUGAAGCUUGAGGCCCUCAAGGGCCAAACAUGGAGAUCCUCCAUGCAGGCUUUGGAACAACACUUGACCGGUCUGUUCACUACUCCAGAUUUGGGAAUGACAAACGUGUCUUGUAUGGAUGUAUUCAUGGGAGUGGCCCCCAAAGAAUAUCUCUCCCUGUUGGCACUCAAAGACCACACCACCUGGCAAGAGCUCAUGACGGAUCUAGUCAACCUAGAAGCCAAGGACCUCGCCAGGCAGAAGAAGGCGCCCGCUGCAGGUGGGAAACCACAACGCAAGCGGUUUGGAAGCAGCAACCAGCUUGCACUGCAUGAUCAUCGGGAGGCUGAAGAUCAGUCCUAUGCGGAUGAUCUGUCUCUAGAUGACGAUCUAGAGCCGGACUCCGAUACGGGCUGUUCCACAUCAGCCAUUGAGUCUGACGUCAACGAAGAUGAAAAGUUGAAUGCUUUUAGAAAGACUGCUUCAAACAAGGGGCCUAACCGUGGUUCAGGGCUGUUUCAGACUUCAGGGAAACAACAAAAGGGCGUAGAGGAGUCCUCAACACUCCCUACAACAAGGGAAGCUGGAACAUCAGUUGCAGGUCCCUUCAAUGAGCCUGAAUUUGAUCAACUGCCCACUCUUGAAGCGUGGAACGACGCUGAAACCAAGGCUGCUGCAAUUCAUGAGCUUUACACUGAGCCUUGGGAGGAGUCUCGGGAAGGCGACUUCCACGCCCACGUGGAACACUGGCUGCAGCUCAAGCAGCAACGCCGUGUUCAAGGGAGCGUGGAGCUAACCUUCUUUAAACUACUCAUUAACCGUCGAUACAUCCGCGUGCUGAUUGAUCGUGGUUCAACCACUAACUUCUUUUCUCCUAACGGGAUUCGUAAGGGGGGGCUGGGAAUGAAGCAAGUGGAACUGCAGAACCCUUGUCAGACCCAGGUGGGCAACCAAGAGGUUGUCACAUCUACACAUGCUGUCAAAGGUGUGCGCGUCACCUUUGACAAGAACCGCACUGUCACACAUGAGCUCAACUUUUAUGGCAUGGACAAGUGUCCGUUCGACGCGGUCAUUGGCUUGGGCUGGUUAAAGGCUCAUUGCCUAAGGACCUCGUGGGCGGACAAUCGGUUCGUGGUGUGUGACGUCAAGGGGAACGAGCGUACCAUCCUAUUGGAUGAGACGCGCGAGUCCCCUGUGACUCUUCUAAUUGCAACCAAAUUCUGCAGAUCAAUGCGCAGGCGCAAGGAAAUUGAGCACGUACAUAUAGCUUUUGUAAAGCCUAUCCAUGUGCCUUCUACUUUUGCUGCGUUUUCUACCUCGAUUGAAGUCGAUCCGAGUGACCAGCACAAAAUGGCAUUCAAGAUACGCGACGGGCUGUACGAGUUCAUCGUUAUGCCCUUCGGCCUCAUGAAUGCACCAGCCACAUUUCAGUGGCUCAUGGACAAGGUACUUCGCCAUCAACUCAAUAGGUAUGUGGUGGUGUACCUCGACAACAUCCUGAUCUUCAGCAAGUCCAUGGAGGAGCACGUCAAGCACCUUGAGGAAGUUUUGCAAGUCCUCAAGGAGGCGCAGCUGCACCUCAACUUGGAGAAAUCUGAGUUUGGAAGGGACAGCGUCAUCUAUCUUGGGCACCGGUUGUCUGCAGACGGCCUUGAGCCGGAGGUGACCAAGGUUGAGGUCAUCCGAGAGUGGCCCCAACCGGCGAACGUACGCGAACUGCGCUCUUUCCUUGGUUUGGCCUCGUAUUAUCGAAAGUUCGUGCCCAAAUUCUCUGUCAUUGCUCACCCUCUCUCAAUACUAACCAGGAAGAAUGUUGCUUAUGCAUGGUGUGAGAAGUGUGAGACUGCGUUCCAAGCCUUGAAAGAGGCAUUGGUGAGUCAUCUUGUGCUCCACAUUGCGGAUCCCAACCUCACAUUCGUAGUCACUACGGAUGCGAGCCAGUUUGGGAUUGGUGCAGUGCUGCAACAAGAUGAUGGUGAUGGUCUGCGUCCGCUCGAAUACUACAGCAAACGCAUGCCCAGGCAGAAGGUAUGUCAGAGAACCAAGGUCCACAGGCAUAAGCCGUAUGGCCUGCUCAGACCCCUCCCUAUUCCUGAUGGACCCGGUGAGUCGAUUUCCAUCGACUUCACGGACAUGGGAAAGUUGAGUGAGGCUGGAAAUUCACAAGUCAUGGUCAUUGUGGACCGUUUCUCCAAAUUUCUGAACUUGAUUCCUCUCCCUCCUCAUGCCCCGACUGAACUUGUCAUCGAAGAAUUCCAUCAGCAGUACAUUCUGCAGUCCGGCGUCCCGAAAACUAUUGUGAGUGAUCGGGACACGAGAUUCAUCAGCAAAGAUUGGAAGGACUUCACAUCGCAGAUGUAUGACAUCAAGCUGAACAAGACUUCUGGUCGACACCCCGAAGCCAAUGGUUUGGCUGAGGAGAUCAACCAGACUGUCAUCCAACUACUGCGCGCAUUGAUUGUUCCAGAUCAGAACACGUGGGACAAGGAGUUGCACAAGGUGAAGGGACUUUAUAACAAUUCCAUUCACUCUGCAACUGGUGUAACACCAAACCAGUUGCAAUAUGGAUGGCCGAUGCCUAAUCCCCUCUCUUAUGUGUUCCCCGAAUGGUCACCUGGUCUGAUGCCCGGCAUGCCUGGUUACAAUGCCAAGUACACACGCUUGCUCAAAGCUGUUACUGCAGCCAUGAACAAGCGCCAGCAUGCCAUGAUCAAACAUGCCAACAAGCUGCGCAAAGAAGAAAAAUUCAAAGUAGGGGAUUAUGUUUGGGUCAAAAUGUCUGAGUUUUCCGAUGAAGAGGGCGUAUCACGGAAACUCCUUCCAUUGUACUAUGGCCCUUGGCAGAUUCUGAAGGUAAUUGGGGAUGACUUUGGUCCUUUAUUUGUGAUUGACGUGCCUCCUCAUCUGCGCAUGUACCCGGUCUUUCAUCCGUCCAAACUAUUCCCACACAUUGAUGAUGAGACCUUUCCCUUCCGAGACCCUAUGAUACCUCGCUCUAUCGACGGCGGCCAUGAGAUAGACAGAAUCGUAUCUCACGAGGGCAGAGGGAGGAACAGACAGUAUAAGGUUCACUUCCUCUAUCACCCGUUGACUGAAUUCUUUUGGAUCGACCGGAAAGAGCUGCUAAAGAAUGUUCCUCGUGUUGUGAACGCUUACGAAAGACAGAUCGCUGAGGGACAGACCGCUAAGUUCGUAGCAACAAUGACUCCUCAUGGAUUAACUAAGUCUCUCUUUCUGAUGUACUCCUACGAUGCGUUCUGUGCCGACUCUGACUGAGUUACUCGCUCGAAGGGACCUCGCUCUCGAGAGGGGAGUAAUGUAAUGACCCGCCAAAAACACAGACUGAGAACACUGCUGAUUUCUGGGAUUUGUCACUGGAAUGAAUGCCUUGCUGUGAU